AUGCCUUCUAUCAGAAUUGCACAGGCUGCUGUGGGCUUGGCGUUGGCUCUCACGGAACCGGUCUCUGCGUUUUGGCGCAUGCCAUGCCCUGGCCGGCUAGUGCUUGAGCGUAUCGAUCCCAUCGUCUCGCCUUACGAGGUUUCGGGCCACGUCCAUACCGUAUCCGGCGGCAGUGGAUUCGGUUUCAACACAACUUACGAGCAGCAGCGUGCUUCUGCCUGCUCUUCGUGCCCGAUCAAGGAUGAUCUGUCAGCUUACUGGACACCGAAAUUGUACUACAUGGCCGAAGAUGGUCAUUUCGAGGACGUCCCACAGGCUGGCGAAGGCAAUGGUGCCACAGGUGGCAUGACGGUCUACUACGAACAGCGUGGCCCUGACUUGAAGAAUCUUCUAGCCUUCCCAGAGGGCUUUCGCAUGCUGGCUGGUGAUCCUUGGCAGCGCAAUGAUACUGGCCUGAAAGCUGCUCCUGGAAAAGCCGUUAGCUUCGUCUGCCUGGACUACUCAGGUGCCACGAAACACCCCCAGACCGGUAACAUGCCAGACUACAACUGUCCCGAUGGCCUCCGUGCUCAAGUCUACUUUCCUUCUUGCUGGAAUGGUGUAGACAUGGACCCGCCGGACCAUCACUCUCACAUGGCAUACCCAAUCGGCGAGUAUGACAACGGUGUAUGUCCCGACUCCCACCCUAAUCAGACAAUCUCGAUCUUUUACGAAAUCAUCUACCAGACGAAUCUUUUCGCCGAACGUUGGUAUGAUGCUGCUGGCAAACACCCUUUCGUCUUCGCGCAAGGUGAUCGUACUGGCUACGGCUUCCACGGCGACUUCGUGAACGGAUGGGACGUCGAGGUUCUAAAGAAUGCCACCAGGGAUUGCACGAACGACAGUGGCCAGCUGUCCGAUUGCAAAUACUUCGACGACCUGUUCUCCAACGAGGAGUGCCAAGCCUGCAAGAUCCCGCCCAUGAUUAACGAGACUGUUACCGGCAAUCUCACCAAACUGGCUGGCUGCAACACACCCACCGAGGGACCUGAGUAUGCACCACCUCAGAAAUGUUCGCUCACGCCCAUGGGCACUGCGCAAGAGUAUUUCACCAACGUCGUCAGCUCCCUAGGCUGGGAGUAUCAAGGCUGCGCCAACGACAGUGUCGUCACACGCACGCUUCAAGGCGCUAACACAGCCUCCAACUCUAUGACGAUUGAGACCUGCAUCGACUUCUGCAAGGGCAAGGGCUACUCGCUCGCCGGCCUUGAGUAUGCAAGUCAAUGCUAUUGCGAUAACGACUACAAGAGCGACAACGCCGGCUCUCGUGCACCUCAGCCUGAUAUUUUGGGUGACUGCUGGCAGCCAUGUGCCGGUAACUCGGCUCAAGUCUGCGGUGGCGCGGGUGCGCUCAGCGUAUACAGGAACUGCGAAGGCGGUGCUUGCGACAACGUUCUCUUCCACGUCAAUGGCUCCACUACUGCGCCUGUCGAGAGGAAGCGUCACUUGCACAGUUCGCGUCACAACCACGGCCAUGCCAAGCUUUAG